AUGCCAUGUACGUAUCGCACUCUGUACGCAUCUCCUCCAUGGGAUACCCACAACAGCACGAACACAAUGACCAACGUCGUCCUCAACCACACGAAGCUCGGUGCGAUAAGAUGUCUGCGGGAACCAAGCGGCUCGAUCGUGAAGAUAUUAGGUCUGCCGUACGGGAAAGUUGCCCAAAGAUUUGCGCGCGCAGAACUCUCGAACAAGCUUUCUGGUGGAGAGAGCAAAAGGUUCCACGAUGGAGUUUUCGAUGCGACAAAGCCAGGAGCGUCCAGUAUCCAGCCGUGGGGAAGCGUCAAGUCUGAUGCAGCCAACAUCCCGCUGCCAACCGAUAAUCUGCCGGAUGACGAAGAACAGUCGGAAGAUUGCUUGAACCUUUCCAUACAUCUACCGAAGUCAUGUGUCGAUGAAGGCGGGAAGAUACGUUCGGGUAUGAAGUUGCCGGUCCUUGUCUUCAUCCAUGGUGGUGCGUACUUCCUUGGUUCUGCGAAUCGACCAUAUUACAACCCCGAAAAUCUUGUGCGCCAUGCUAUUCAGCGUGGAUCACCCAUCGUCUUCGUAGGAAUCAACUACCGACUCGGUGCGCUAGGCUUCUGGCAUUCGGAUCAUGCUGGAGGUAUGGUACCGGAGAACAAUGGUCUCUACGACCAAAACACGGCGUUCGAAUGGCUGCGCGAGAAUGUUGAGGGGUUUGGCGGCGACGUGGAUAAUGUUACCGUCAUCGGGCAAAGCGCAGGUAGCGAGAGUAUCUCGGUGCAAACAAUGCGUAAACCGUUGUUCAAGCGCGCGAUCAUGUUCUCGGGGACGCCAGUUACCAUGCCUGCAAUGACGCAUGACGAGCAUCACGAUAACUUCCUCAAGCAUGCUGAGAAGUUGGGGAUUCGUAUAAGAGAAGACGACGGCAGUGAGAGGAACACGCAAUCAAUAGCCAGAGACGUGAUUGGCGUUGACGCGUCGAAGAUUCGAGACCUGGCAUGGGUUGGUUUGCCAUGCACGAACAGCGAGUUCUUUCCCUUCGAGCGGCCGACCAUGGAUCUGGCUAGAAAGGGCAAAGUCGCUCCUCCUGAUUGGAAAGACUGGGCGAGGCCUGUCGAAGCUCAAAUCGUUGGCUCCACUACCUAUGACGGCGGCAUCUCCUACAAUAUGAUGAGGAAUGAUGACAGUCGCAAGAACCAUGCUCAAGCCUUCGAGCAGAUUGCCAAAGAUGUUCUGUCUCCCGAACAAGGUGCCGAAUUGCUGAAGAUAUACGGUAUCGAGGGGGGUCUUGAUGAUGCGGACGCACUCCAACGUAUCUGCCUUUUUGAGAGCGACAUAGGUUUCUUUGCGGCCGCGUUGAGCAUUGCGGAAGGUGAUCUGGUCAAAGAAACCUAUUUUCAAGUCUUCGAUCUUCCGAACCCUUUCCCAGGACCAAUUCAGGAGCAAGGUGCUUUCGCUACGCAUACUUUCGACAUUGUGACGCUGCUUGGUGGCGUGCAUGAAGACUGUUUGCCCUCGCAUUAUGGACCUGCGGUUGCUAGGUGGCGCGAUACCAUUCUCGAUUUCGUUACCAGGGGGACGCCCGCUUGUGCAGAGUUUGUUGGUGUUGAUGGAGGGAGGAGAGGAUUGAUGGUGGAUGAGGGAGGCGUUCGCGAGGUCGGCAGUGAGGCGUGGUUGGAGAAUGACGAGGGGAGAAGGCGGAGAUUGUUCGAUUUGGCUCGGCAGAUUGAUGCUGAUACCGGACUGGACGUUCUUUGGGUCGACGUUUGUAGGCGCUUCUUGAUGCGCGGGAAGUGA